AUGGCGGGACCCCUCAUCGGUUGGCUGAUCACACAAAUCUGGAUGCUGGCCUAUACCGGCGCCCUCUCUACGACCACCACACGACGCAUCAGCGCCGAUCGUCUCGGCGCUGGGACUGAACUUCGUCGGUCCUACCCGAAACCGGUUAUAGAGAUUUUUUUAGAAGAAAAGCUGGCUAAAAAACAGGACUCAGGAUGUGUGGUAUCUCGGGAAAGCCGAAGAAUCGUUCUUGGUCUGUAUGUGAUUGAGCCAUUGGGGACUUUGUUCCACGAAGAGUUUCCAUAUCAUCUUCGGGCAUCCAUUGAACACACGAUAUGCUGUAGAAUGCUCUGUCAAUCUGCCUCUCUCAUGUUCUUUCGAAUCAUGAGUCGUAGGUUCUACCUGUUCAAGCUCAACGAACUUGGCUUGGUUCAAGUAGACUGCUCAAAUCUUUGUAGCAUCGGCUACUUGAUCUAUAGUGUUCUUCUUUCGCUCUCAAAUUUAGUCACAUUAGUAGACAUGAUUUCAAAACAAUUAUCAGCCGGCCGGUAUCAAACUUGGCAGAUUUUUUUGUUUGGGACCAAGUUCAUUGUGGCCCUUGAUGCCUCGUGGGGUUUCUUAUGGGUGGUUGUUUGUCACUGCGCCACCCUGAAAUGGAGAUCACCCACAUCUCAAACAGAGUUCGGGAAGACGAUCAUCCCGCGGUCUGUUCCUUGGGCUCUGCACGCGGCGGUUUUGGGCGCCCGACUUUGGCCUGCUACCAUUCAAGAAUACUCUCGAAUGGACGAUAUCGUGCGCCCCGUGAUUGAGGCCCUCUUGAAUUCUGCAUUGACCUAUUCACCCGAUACUUACAGCGCGUCGAAGCUGUGGAUGAUUCUACUACCUUCAAUCCAUGCACUUCCUCACCUGGCAUACAUUCCCUGUCUUAUGAUCCUACUACGGGGGAUGUACAAUGGUCCUGCAAAACCAGCCAUGAAGCGUGACGAGGAGCUUGGAGCUUCAAGUCAAACUUUACAACGAUCUAUGAGCCAAAUGAAUGAAAGUAUAACUCCACAACGCGACGCAACAGUACUUCAUGCUUUAGUCUUUUAUACCUCCAUCUUAGUACAUCUUCCGGUACUCAUUUGGGCGAGCGUGGUUGGUGGGCAUUCAGCUAGUGGGUCAGAUUUCCAUUUUUUAGCAUAA